GCUCAUCACCAACCUUAUCCUUCCUCAGACGGCCAUAGACAACCAAGUCACCCGUAGGGACGCCCCUCCCCCUGACGCUACUACAACGAUCACGUGGGGGUCAUCCUCUCCCUGCCUCCUAUACCAGACAGAAUACUCCACCCCAUCCUCCGCUAUCUCUGCCAGACCCACUAGAUGCAAUCCUACCAUGGACCCUAAUCCACCCACCGCACGACCCGCGCCGCCAGCAAGACGUAAAGGCAGGACAUCCGCACCACCGACAGAUUCGGCUGACAACUCGCCAACACUAGCUGAUGCCGGGCCAUCCUUCAAGGCAAGUGCCUCUCAGGGGCAGGUCUCGCCCGAAGCACCUGAACCACUAAGCACCACAGUCCCUAUGGUAACGGAGCGCCGGCCAUCCGGCAGUAGCAUGGAGGCAGACUUGCUCAGCACCCAGGAGAUGGAGGCAGCCUUCGGGCAGCUGGCAAAGGAAGACCUCCUACUUGCCCUUCAACGAGCAAAGCAACAGAUGGAUCGCCUCGAAGAGGUCGUCUCUUCACAAACCUUGGAGAUCGAGAGUCUGCAGUCGGGCUCCUCGGACUUGUCUGCUCGUCUCUUGGCCUCUGAUACCGAGAGCAAUAGAUUGACACAUCUGGUACAGCAGAGAGAGGCUCGCAUCGAUGAGCUGAACAACGACCAGGCCAGGCUGGAGGAUGAGGUCUAUAGCAAGCUUGGGAUAGUAGAGCGUCUCAAGACGAGGGCCGAUGAGGGGGAGCGCAAGCGAGCAGAAGCAGAACGUAAAUUGGCAGAUGCGCUCCAAAUGGCAGACAAGGAGAGGGAGUAUUUUCAGGACCAAGAAGCCCACCUCAAGGCCGCCAAUGCACGAUUGACGGGCGACCUCCAGACUCUGAAGCAACAAAGAGCGCAUCUCAAGGAGGUCAUCCGAAACGGGCGCGAGGAUGCACAGUCACACCCAGAGGACGGAAGAUCCACGGCAGAUGGACAGGACAAGCAACCUGCUUUGGAGGAUGAGGCUCUGGAGCAGCAGCAGAAUAAUCAGGGCAGCAGUCUUUUGGAAGAAGAACUCGAGCAGCUUCGCAAGACGUUGGCAUCCCAAGACGCUGCUCUGGUGGAAUUGCGAGCGAAGCUGAACGAUGAACGCAACAGAUCCGUCCAGCUGGAGGAAGACAAGAUCGAACUGGAAUCCAUGCUGACCGGCAACACCCUGGAGCAAUUGAUGAAGAGCAAAGCCAGCGGACAGUGGCGUCCCAAUUACCGGAGCGAGACCACAGGCUCAGUUAGUUCUCGCUCCCAAGAUGACACUACUGAUGCCACCUCUGAGAGCCUCAGACCAUGGAGUGAAGAGGCCAGCGAUGCGGCAGUGGUGUCCUCUGGCGAGAUCACAACCACUCCAAAGCCCCGCAUUAUACCAGGUAGUAGCACGCGGGCAGGAGAAGGCGACAAUACAGACGAAGCUAGCAACGUCGAGAAGGAGUUGAACCGACUGAGACAGGAGAACAAGCGUCUGACUACGUAUGUUACGAAGAUUUUGAACCGCAUCAUGUCGAUGGAAGGCUUCGAAAGGGUCUUGGCGGCAGACUCUCUCUCCGCAGACGGCACACGAACCCUACGUGGAACGCUGGACAAGCCUGCGACUCCGAGGCCUACGAUUCUACCUCCUGCCACUGGAAGUACCUCUGCCAAGGUGUUGACCGUAGAGCAGAAGAAGGAGAGGCGACGAAGCUCAGGGCUACUCGGUCUGAGUCGCGCCCGGAGUCCGUUGCUGUCGGCAAGCCCGAACACGGAAGAUGCCCUGACGAUCUCCCCCACUCCGUCCAGCGCCGGCCUGGCAGCACAACCGUCGCAGACGGCGUCGCGCACGUCCUCUGUAGACUGGAAGAGCCUCCGACUACCUUGGUCAUCCGGCGCAGAAGAGAAGACGAACCCAAACUUGAGGCCCUUUGCGCUGUCGACUUCAUCUUCCAGACUCGAAGGACCUGCCAUUGAGAGCAAGAUUCCGAGUCCCAGGCUCCCUGACCUCGAAGAAGAGUACGGUGAUGACGCUGACGAGAUGGAGAGACAGCGAGCCAGAACACUACUGCAGAUGGAGGGUCUGACCGUACCUCCUCAUCAGCUCACGCCAGUCAAUCCCACCGUGCGAACCGCCCCCCCGCCUGCACCAGGAGGCUUCACGAGCUUCCUGUCGCGCAUGAUGACUACAGAGCCUGCGCCAGCGGGCAGCAUUUCGAAGACGACUACGACCUCUGCCACACCUGCGUCAACGAGCGCGGGUCAGAACAAGCAAGACUUGGACAGCAGCGGAAGGCUGACUGAGCCAAGCAAAUCACAAAGACCGCGACGCCCCGUUCGGGGGGAUUCGGCUUCUUCUUCAUCUCAUUCGCUUGGCAGAAGCGACUCGAGCAGUGGGCGCGUGUCUCUCAUUGGUCAUUCCCGCAUAGACUCUGUGGCUGGAGACGAGUCCUAUGCUCUCGCCGGAAUUAUCGACUUGGACAAGAGGGAAGCCGCGGAGGCGCCUGCGCCCGGAUGGAGGACCGCGCUAAAGAGGAUGAGCUUGAUGAGCGGAUCUGAGACGCCUGCGCAGCUGUGAGGUCUGCGCGAGAGCGGCUAUGAGAGAUAUAUACCCGGCUUCGAUCUGGUAAUGAACAUGAUGAUGUCACUCUGAUCCCUGAGUGUGAGUUCCGAAUUGAUCGACGAGAUUUCGGCGAGGGGAUCGUGCCCACUGCGUCAGCCCGCGCGCACCAUAUGCCUCGGUGCCCGGUCCGCAGAGGCCGCCGCUCGGACCCCUUUUCCAAACGAGUGGGCCUGGAACCGCCGCUUAUAAGACAGUGUCGAGGUUAAGGUUUGCUGUGCCAGGUCGGAUAAUCCUACGCCACUGUUCCUGACACCAGAAAUGUCCGAGGCACAAUCAGGUACCAAGAAGAAGGUG